GCAACCAGCCAACACCCUCCUUCGACUUGGUCAAAAUGUUCAAAUUCCUGCUCAUCUGCGCGAUUAUGGGUCUUGCGGCAGCCGGCGAUGACGCCGCAGCCCAAAUAGAGAGUCUCGAAAAUGAUGUCCGCCCCGACGGAUUCAGCACUAGCUUCAAGACAUCCAAUGGAAUUGCACAGACUGCAAGCGGGGAUGAGCAUGGCAACAUCCAGGGACAAUAUAGCUUUACCUCGCCCGAGGGCGUGCCUGUUCAGAUUUCUUAUGUGGCCGACGAAAACGGAUACGUGCCAACUGGAGACCAGUUGCCUGUGCCCCCACCAAUACCCGAGGCCAUCUUGAGGGCAAUUGAGUACAUCAAGGCCCAUCCUCCCAAGGAGGAAAAUUAA